GUUGUAAACGGAAACAAACCAUGUGCUAACAUGGCGAUUUUUCUCGGUCGUCAACAUUAUUCAUGUAAUUUGUUCUACUAGUGUACGAUUGUUAUGGGAUUAACAUUUAAUGUAGAGUGCUAUUUACUUUUUGAUCGAUUUUCAUUGUUUUUAUCACCGUAAAUAAAUAUUUCACCACAAUUCAAUAUGAGUGUCGACGCGUAUGGUCCGAGCUCUCAAACGCUGACAUUCCUCGAGACUGAAGAGGCUGAUCUAAUCGGUGCUGACACCCAGGGUUCCGAGUUUGAAUUUACGGAUUUCACUAUCCCGUCCCAGAGCCAAACACCUGCGUCUCAACACGACCACGGUUUAUCCACGUCCAACCAAGUCUUUAAAUUACAGGUGAAUGGUCUAGGACGAUCAGACCUUAGCUCUAAAGUUUCGAGUGUCGCCAAUGCUAUAGCAGAGUUACAAUUUGAGGAGGAAGAUGAAGCUCUUUACAGCAGCAAAGAACUUCCAGACCACGCUUGCAAGUACUGUGGCAUUCAUGACCCUGCCACAGUUGUUAUGUGCAAUAUCUGUAACAAGUGGUUCUGCAAUGGACGGGGCAACACUUCAGGGUCCCAUAUUAUUAACCACCUGGUGAGGGCUAAACACAAGGAAGCCGCAUUACACCGCGAUGGCCCGCUUGGUGAAACCCUACUUGAAUGCUACUCAUGCGGAGCACGCAAUGUAUUUGUUCUGGGAUUUAUUCCGGCUAAAGCAGAUUCUGUUGUUGUACUUCUUUGUCGCCAGCCAUGUGCUGCGCAAAGCUCCCUGAAGGAUAUGAACUGGGAUCAAGAGCAAUGGAAGCCUUUAAUUUCGGAUCGUGCUUUUUUGUCGUGGCUUGUUAAAGUACCUUCAGAGGCAGAGCAAAUGAGAGCCAGACAGGUGACACCACAGCAGAUUGGCCGCCUGGAAGAGCUUUGGCGUGAUAACGUGGAUGCCACCUUUCAGGACUUGGAGAAGCCUGGUGUGGAUGAGGAGCCUCACCAAGUUCUUUUGAGAUACGAAGAUGGGUACCAGUAUCAAAACAUAUUUGGUCCACUCGUGAAAUUGGAAGCAGAUUAUGACAAGAGGCUCAAAGAGUCUCAAACUCAGGAAGGGAUCGAAGUGCGCUGGGACGUGGGCCUCAAUAAGAAGACAAUUGCCUACUUCACUCUGGCCAAGACUGACAGUGACAUGAAGCUGAUGCAUGGAGAUGAGUUGAGGCUCAGAUAUGUCGGUGAACUGCACAAAGCAUGGUCAGGGGUCGGUCACGUGAUCAAGGUGCCUGACAACUAUGGAGACGAUGUUGGUCUGGAGCUGAAGAGUGGGGUCGGAGCACCUUUGGACUGUACGUCCAACUUUGUUGUGGACUUCAUAUGGAAGAGCACAUCUUUUGACAGAAUGCAAUUGGCUCUGCGUAAAUUCGCAGUGGACGACUCGUCGGUGUCGGGCUACAUCUACCGCCGCCUGCUGGGCCACGAGGUGGAGGAGGUGCUGUUCCGGGUGCACCUGCCCAAGCACUUCAGCGCGCCCAACCUGCCCGACUUGAACAGAUCGCAGGUAUAUGCAGUGAAACAUGCUCUGCAGCGUCCAUUGUCCUUGAUCCAAGGCCCCCCAGGCACGGGCAAAACUGUCACAUCCGCCACCAUUGUGUACCAACUAGUGCGUCAGAACGGCGGGCCGGUGUUGGUGUGCGCGCCGUCCAACACUGCCGUUGACCAGCUGACGGAGAAAAUACAUAAAACCGGGUUAAAGGUGGUCCGAUUGUGUGCCAAGUCGCGCGAAGCUAUGGAGUCUUCUGUGUCAUUUCUGGCACUGCAUGAACAAGCGCGUGCUUUAGGUUCCGCUGAUAGUGAACUGAGAAAGCUUACCAGAUUGAAGGAGGAGGCUGGAGAGUUAUCUGCUGCGGAUGAGAGACGAUACCGGGCUCUUCGGCGGGCCGCUGAGAGACGUUUGUUGGAUGCUGCCGAUGUGGUGUGUACCACGUGUGUGGGCGCUGGGGAUCCACGCGUCGCUCGUAUGCGCUUCCAAUCCAUCCUCAUCGACGAAGGCAUGCAAUCCACUGAACCAGAGUGCAUGGUGCCAGUCGUGCUCGGCGCACGACAACUGAUCCUCGUCGGCGACCACUGCCAGCUCGGCCCUGUCGUCAUGUGCAAGAAGGCCGCCAAAGCCGGCCUCAGCCAGAGUUUGUUCGAACGCCUCGUCGUCCUCGGAAUCCGCCCCUUCAGGCUCGAGGUCCAGUACCGCAUGCAUCCCGAGCUGUCGCGUUUUCCGUCGGACUUCUUCUACGAAGGAUCACUUCAAAACGGAGUGAGCGCUGAAGAGCGGCGGCUGCACAAGAUCGACUUCCCGUGGCCGCGCCCCGACCGGCCCAUGUUCUUCUACGUCACCCAGGGACAGGAGGAGAUCGCGGGCUCCGGGACUUCUUACUUGAAUCGCACGGAAGCGGCCAACGUCGAGAAGCUCACCACCCGCUUCCUGAAGGCCGGCGUCCGACCUGAACAGAUCGGCAUCAUCACUCCGUACGAGGGCCAGCGCUCGUAUUUGGUGCAGCACAUGCAGUACCAGGGCUCCCUGCACGCCAAACUGUACCAGGAGAUCGAGGUCGCCAGCGUCGACGCCUUCCAGGGCCGGGAGAAGGACAUCAUCAUCAUGUCCUGCGUCCGCUCCAACGAGCACCAGGGCAUCGGCUUCCUGAGCGACCCGCGGAGGCUCAACGUGGCGCUCACGCGCGCCAAGUACGGGCUGAUCGUCGUCGGCAACCCCAAGGUGCUGAGCAAGCAGCCGCUGUGGAACCACCUGCUCGCGUUCUACAAGGAGCGGCGCGUGCUCACCGAGGGCCCGCUGUCCAACCUGAAGGAGUCCGCGAUCCAGUUCGCGAAGCCCAAGAAGCUGGUGAACGCGCAAAACCCCGGCUCGCACUUCAUGUCGACGUCCAUGUUCGACGCGCGCGAGGCCAUGGUGCCCGGCUCGGUGUACGACCGCGCGCGGCCGCCGCGCGACCCGCUGGCCUACGUGGGGCCGGAGAGCGCGCCGCACGCGCCCGUGCCGCACGCCGCCUUCGCCGCGCACCGCGGGCCGCGCGCGCCCGCCGCCGGGCCAGCGCGCGCGCGCCGCCGCCCGCCGCGCCUGUCGCAGGAGCCGCUGUCGCAGCAGCCGCCGCUGUCGCUGUCGCAGGGCGCGUCGCAGCCCGACUUCAGCCAGGAGUCGGCGGCGCCCGACUGCCCGUCGCAGCCGGACGGGCUGCUGUCGCAGGACUCCACGUACCAGGGCGGCUUCCGCGCGCGCUGCGGCCAGUACUGAGACCCGGCGGCGGCGACGCCGACUCGCUCGCCGGCCUCCGGGGGGCGAGCCGCGGUACUGACGAGAGACGCCGAGCGCGAGCCGCGGAGAGGCGGCUGCACCGGCGACGAGCGCACCCGAGCGACAGAUCCGACGCAGGAGGGGAAACUUAUUCAUUAAUUACAGGAAUAGCAAUAGGGACUUUCGACGUACAAACGUUUCGGGGAAAUUAUACACAGGGUCGUAGCCAGAGCGACGCCGCUGCACGUCAGCGUCUACCGUAGCGUUACGAUCGUGUCGGUGAACAUUGAGCACAAAGACCGCGAGUGAACACACGAAUUGUACAUUCAAAUGUUCGUACGCACACGUACUAGUCCCUGCUGGAAUCAACGGUACAGGUUCGUUUACGCUCUUUAGUGAUUUACUGUUCGUUUUAAUCAUAACAUGAAGCAAAAAUUUAUCACGGUAGAAUUUUAUUCAUUUAGGGCAAUCUUUUUUUUUAUAUAUGGUUUUGUUUCCAUUAUCACUGUGGUAGGCACUCAUUAAAGUCAAUGUCUCUAUACAUAAACAUAAUAUAUUAGACAAUAAUAUGUCAGCAAUAAAUACUUCAUUAUUUUUCCUUCACGAAAGCAUCUCUAAAACACACAGAAUUGAAAAACAAUGCAACAAAUCUACACUUUCUAGUCCUAAGAGGUCAAAGCUUUAACUUGUAAAGGGUUGGAAUUGGUCAUUUAGUAAGUUGAAUUCCAAAAUCACAUGUCAAAGGCCCGAUAAUUACAUAAUUUCCGAAUGAAAUAAUAUGUGUUACAGAAUUUAUAGCCAAAUAAAAAUACAACUUAUGUCGUAUUAUUAUUUAAUACUAUCAAUAUGUAAUAUGUACAUGUGAUAUAUAUUUUACCAAAAAAAAUUAUACACCGCAUGCAUUUAUGACAUUAGUAUGACUUGUCUAAAUGAAUGUAAUUGGUUUUUAAGACUACGAAAAUUUCAUAUUUUAUUCUUCAUUAUUAUGUAUAAACUGUUAUAUUUUGCUACCUAGUUGUAAAAAUAUUUGAAUGUUGUUUAAAAACAAUCGGGGAAAAGCAUUCUUUUAAAAAAAUACUGUUAUAGGUAACAUAUUUUUGUAAAAUAUGUUGGUGUUUACAGUUUCAGCUAAUUAUAGAACAUUUUUUGUAUUAAUUGGUGUUAUAUGUCUUUAGAUUAAAAUUAUGUCACAUUAUGUAACAUACUUAAAAAAUAGGAUGUGUUAAUGUCAGAAAUACUACAAAAAAAAUAAUGUAAAUGUCAGAAAUACUACAAAAAAAUUAAUGUGUAAAUGUCAGAAAUACUACAAAAAUAAAUGUGUAAAUGUCAGAAAUACUACGAAAAAAUUGUGUGUAAAUGUCAGAACAACCACAAAAAAACUAUUGUGUAAAUGUCAAAAAUACCGCCUAAGUACCUAUGUUGUGACGUUAUGAAUUGAAAUUGUUGUGGUUUUUAACAUUGUUUUUAAUCAACCUUUUUGUUUUUUUUACUGAAAAUGCUCAAUGCUAUGAUUAUUUUGUGAAGGAAAAAGAAUAAAGUUUCUUUCAUCAUAA